ACAAAUGCCCCCUCAACCACAUCACCAACACCUUCAACUACAACAACAGUUACAGCCUCAACCACUUCACCAACAACUUCAACUACAACAACAGCCUCCUCAACCACAACACCAGCAACAUCAACUACAACAGUUGCCACCUCAACAACACCAGCAACUUCAACAACAAAAGUUGCACCCUCUACCACAACACAGGCAACAUCAACUACAACAGUUGUCCCAUCAACAACACCAGCAACUUCAACUACAACAGUUGCCCCCUCAUCCACAACACCAGCAACAUCAACUACAACAGUUGUUCCAUCAACAACACCAGCAACUACAUCAACAACAACAACAGUUGCAACCUCAACCACAACACCGGCAACAUCAACUACAACAGUUGUCCCAUCAACAACACCAACAUCAGCUACCACAACAGUUGCCCCCUCAACAACACCAGCAACUGAAACUAGGAAAACAGUUGCACCCUCAACUACAACACCAGCAACUUCAACUACGAUAACAGUUUCCCCCUCAACCACAACACCAACAUCAGCUACCACAACAGUUGCCACCUCAACCACAACACCAGCAACUUCAACUACAACAGUUGCCCCCUCAUCCACAACACCAGCAACAUCAACUACAACAGUUGUUCCAUCAACAACACCAGCAACUACAUCAACAACAACAACAGUUGCCCCCUCAACCACAACACCUGCAAUAUCAUCUACCACAACAGAUGCUCCAUUGGCAACAAUACCAGCAACAUCAACUACAACAGUAUUCCCCUCAACCACAACACCAGCAACAUCAGCUACAACAACAAAUGCCCCCUCAACCACAUCACCAACACCUUCAACUACAACAACAGUUACAGCCUCAACCACUUCACCAACAACUUCAACUACAACAACAGUUGCCCCCUCAACCACAACACCAGCACAAUCAACUAUAACAACAAAGGCCUCCUCAACCACAACACCAGCAACAUCAACUACAACAGUUGCCACCUCAACAACACCAGCAACUUCAACAACAAAAGUUGCACCCUCUACCACAAUACAGGCAACAUCAACUACAACAGUUGUCCCAUCAACAACACCAGCAACUUCAACUACAACAGUUGCCCCCUCAUCCACAACACCAGCAACAUCAACUACAACAGUUGUUCCAUCAACAACACCAGCAACUACAUCAACAACAACAACAGUUGCAACCUCAACCACAACACCGGCAACAUCAGCUACAACAACAAAUGCCCCCUCAACCACAUCACCAACACCUUCAACUACAACAACAGUUACAGCCUCAACCACUUCACCAACAACUUCAACUACAACAACAGUUGCCCCCUCAACCACAACACCAGCACAAUCAACUAUAACAACAAAGGCCUCCUCAACCACAACACCAGCAACAUCAACUACAACAGUUGCCACCUCAACAACACCAGCAACUUCAACAACAAAAGCAACAUCAACUACAACAGUUGUCCCAUCAACAACACCAGCAACUUCAACUACAACAGUUGCCCCCUCA